AUGCAGCCACGGAACCGGGAUGCCUUCAAGACACCGAAUCUCAGCAAGCCUCCCUCAAAGGUGGUCGCAGUCUCUACGACUACAGUGUUCAAAAAGCAGAAGCUUGACAGACCGCAGCUGCAAUGCACCUCUCGCAGUCCGCAGCGCUCAACCGUGAGAAAGACGAGACGGAAGACCCAUGUGGAAGAAGUGCAUCCGCUCGCAUUGGCGUUCAGAGAGACUAGUGAAGAGUACCGACGCCACCUCUUUGCGAAUGCUGCGACCAAGAUCGACGAAGACCUCGAGAUGCUACUCAACAAGCUGUAUGAAAGAAACCUCCAGGACGCCUCCUCGAACCCUGCCAACAACGAUUCACAUGGCUCGCCUCUCAUGCUCACCAUUCCCGCCCAGUAUCAGCGUCUCGUUCAAAAACUUUGCAACCCUCUCUCCGGUCACCGAUAUUCACUUCAACGGGCAAACUCCUUGGGCGAGAUGGAGGAUGUACAGAUCACUGUGCAUGACCGCUUCCAGUCGUUCGAAGAAAACGUACAAGCCGAGACGAAGGUAAUCAAAAAUCUGCAGCGUCAGUGGGAAGGCGUGGUGGCUGAGAUCUUCUCACUGGGUGUCGCUUGUCUAGGCGAAGACACCAUAGCCACUGUACUCUCAACCGCCGAACCUGAUGCAGAUGAUGCUGAGCCGACUCUGUUUGUUCCGGAACACAAAAGCUCGGCAAACAAAGGUAAAGCGAAGAUGAAACGCGUGUCAUUCGCGGGUCCGGACAUGGCGAACCUGUUCCCAGUAUUUCUAUUGCAGACGUCAGAACAACAAAAGCUGAUACCUGCCACUCGCAACCUACCGAUUGAAGAAUUCCGUCAACUCGAGCAGGCAAUCGCAGACAUGGGCAAGCAGCAUAUAGCUGACCUACAGCGAUUGGAGAGGGAGCAUCAGGCGUGGUGGAAGAAGAAGCAGAUCCAGCUUCAACACACCUUCAUGCAAGACUAA